AACCGGGAAUGUUAAGAUAUAACUAAUGCUAAGUUAAGAUAUAACUAAUAAAUUGGUUAUUGGCUUGAAGAAAAAUUACUCAGCUAACAUGAGCCGUAGUGUUAAGUGCAAAUAAUAUAUUGAAAAAUAGUGGAACAACAUGUCCAUUUUCAAGUUUUCGUUGGCUUAAAUUGUAAAAAAUUACGCUCAAAUAUGAGUUAUUGGUACAAUAUGCUGUUAAAGAAAAUAUAAAACUAUUAAUAUUAGUUAAGUGGGUUAAUGUGCAAAUCUUAGUUGCUUAAAUGAUGGCUCGAUGAAAGAAAAACACUAUAAAAUGAGAAAACAUUAUUAAAAUACAGCCUAGACUGUGUAAAAGAUGUCAACUCUUUGAUUUGCUGAGAAUAAAAACCAAGAUGUCGUUAACGAAAAAGGAUCCUACACUGCGAGUAGCUGCCAAUGAUCCGCAUUUGGUCAGUUUGGGAGGUGGACGUUUGAGCACAGCUGUUACCAUACAUUACAUACCCAUAGGUGAUAUGACGAUUGGCUCGGCCUCCACCUGCAGCAUAUCUCUGAAUGGUAGUGGAGUCCGAUCGAUACAUUGCACGAUCUAUCGCAGUGAGGAGAACGAAGUAACCAUAGUGCCAGAACAGGACGCCCGCAUACUGAUCGACGGGACGAAGAUCACGCAUGAGACGAACCUAACGCAGGGCGCUAUGAUCACCAUCGGCAAUUCCAAUUAUUUGCGUUUCAAUAAUCCAGCCGAAGCUCAAAUGAUACGUUCUACCAUGGGUUCGAAUGAACGAAUUUCCAUGCCCCAAAUAGACUUCACUCAAGUGCCACGACGCGAUUCGACGAAAAGCCUUAGCUCCAGCAAUGGGAGUGCAGACGCGCGUCAAUCGUUAGCUAUCGACUCCUUCUAUGAGGAACACAUUAGUCCCAUGUCGAAUGUACAAAUGUCAAUGUCGAUGGGUAGAGAGACAGCGAAGAGUAUGCUAGGCAGCAAUAAAUCAUUGUACAACAAUGUGGCUCUAGCGCCGAUCGACAUUAAUGGGUUGCAUUGUCCGAAGGUUUUCGCCGCUGACUUGGUGACGGUGAAUAUGCCAGCCAAGGACGUUUUGGGUCAGAAGUAUGCAAACUUUGCAAAGAAUUUGGCUGAAAAUCAUCGUAACGACAAGAAUGCAAGUCCUGUGCCCAACAAUCAAUUAAACAAUAGUAUAAGGGGCGGUGCGCAAAACAGCACGGGCAAUUAUGUUAAUAUUCCGAGCACAUCGAAUUUCAUACAGAAUACAAGCGCAAAUGGAAGUGGCGAGUUUUUGGCAAAGGUUAAUAAUACGGCACCCUUACGCAGCACCAAUGGCGCGAAUCACCACAACGUGCCCGCAUAUGAUCGCUACCCGAAGCCCGGCACGUACGGUGGCUUGCAGAUCUAUCCAAUGAACGGUGUCAAUACUGAAAUUAACAGCAACUCGGCAAACUCAUCGCCGCUGCAUCGUUUGCAGUACGAGAGUUCGCCAAGUAUGCAGCGCAGGAAUCUCUCGAAUCUGAGUAGUUCAGAGAACGAAUGUCUUGAGAAUAUGCUAAAAAUAUGUACUGAAUAUUCCGAUCGACAAAAUCAGAGUUGUGCUGCCUCGCUCACCUCAUCGCCUAUUGUUCAAAACCGUAUUAAAACAAAUGGUUCACUGCCGCGUGACAAAAAGUCGCCCUUUUACUUUGAUCUAUCUGGUUCGCAGCUUCAACAAUCGGUUUCAGGUAGUAGCAAUAAUCUCAGCGUCCAGACACAUAACGGUUCAGCCCCAAUCUCCAGCUCUUCUGGUUACGAGAACGUUCGCUUAGUGAGUCAGAAUCGAAUAGAAAUUGGUGGGCAAUCACAAGGUCCCAGUUCACCGAAGACAGGUUAUGAAAAUGUCGUUAUCGGGAAGUAUGUGCCGCAAAGUCCUCGCACCAAAAUACGGACGACAUGUAUGUCACCGAAAAAGGAGCAUUCCUUCAGUAGUUUGUAUGGGCAAGCGCCAAGUGCAGCAGUGCCACCGCCAGUGGCACCUAAACCUAAACUCUCAAAACAGAGUGAAUAUGAGCAACUUAUCAAAACAUUUGAAGAGAAGCUCAAAUUAGAAAUGCAAGCCAUAGAAGAGAGCAGUCGGUAUCAGCCCACAAGUGCGGUAAAAUCCUUAUCGGCUUCCGCGGAACAUUCGCCAGCGAAGCGUACGAAUAAAAAUGUCAACAAUCUCACAUUGAACUUACCCGAGUCGAAUUCGCUACAAAACUCGCCCAAACUGCAGAAAAAGCCAGCAACUGCGCCACGAAUGUUCUCGAAAACAGCAUUGACAAGCUUUAACAAGAGUGGCGCUGCUAAAAUUUCAAAUGCACUUGCCGACAGUGUUAAUUUCCAAAAAACAGCUGCAGCUGUGUCUGUGCGAAAUGAUAUUGAUGCAGCAUUGAAAGCAAAGCAGUUUCCUAGUGACAAUGAAGACAUUGAUCAGCUUAAGCAGAAAAGAAAGCAACACUUGGUUCGAAUCCACGAGUUGAAGAAUGAAAUAUCCGAACUACAACGGCAGGAGUCGGAGGAACUAAGAGAGUUGGAUAUGGAAAAGGCGCUGGUAAAUGCCGAAGUCAAUUCCGUUGGUGGUUCCGUGGGCGAAUUGGAAACGCAGCUUGAGCAUUUGCAGAAUAAGAUUCAUCGUUUUGAAGCACAACGAAACGCUACACGGGUAAUGGAGGAGAAUCAGCAGGCCAAAUUGAAGCAAUCAAUUGAAAUGAAACAAGAUCAAGUGAAGAAGUUAAAAUCGAUGUUACAGCAGAAACCGAGCAAUGAUUGCCUUAAAGAGGAGCUGCACAAUGUAAGUGAGUCACUGGAAAACGACCGGAAGACUUUUGAAGACUUGGAGUUCCAGUAUUUGGAAGAGGAAUCUGAAUGGCACGCCUAUCGUGAGGAGUUGCAUAACGAAGAAGCGAAUUUCAUUGUGAAAAUAAAAGAAAAACGCCUUGAACUGCAACACCUGGAACGGCAGGACUUGGGCAAUAUUUCGGUGCAUGCAAAAACUUUAAAAUCAAAGUUGGUGAGUGCAUGUUAUUCGCUAAAAAUGGAGCAGGAAUGCCUUAAAGCCGUUGAAAGCAGUAUUUGUGACAUAACUGGUGAUUUAAAGGUGAACUCAUCCGAAGAAGAUGUCAGUACGACGUCCUCAGCUUCACCAAUAUUACACAACAAUCUGGCAGCAGGUGUUAUGUCGCAAUCGCUUUUUGGUUCUGCCGAAUUGCUUUGUCCAAAGCGUACCACUGAGGAUAUAAUGUCGAAGAGUGUGAAUGAGAAUAUGUUUUAUAAUAAUAAAAUCGAACUGCCAUCGCAAGCACCAGUCACAAGUACACCCAAACUUAAACAACUCUAUGUCGUCAAUAUUGAUGAUGCAACAGCCGAUAUGCGGAGGAGUACUGAAGUUGAAAUGGAUGCCAUGUUGGAUGGGAAACUUGACGUGCCAAAUUAUGAUCAGCACGAUGAGCGGGUGAAAUUUAAUCUUUCGUUGGGCACCGGGGAUUUUGAGGUAAAUCCGUUGGAACGCCGUGUACCUUCGCAAGAUGAUAUUGACCGUAUAUGUAAAGUGACGAGUAGUGCACCGAUUUCAACAAAAGGUGCUAGUACUAGAAUAUUUGAUAGUAUCAAGGAAAUCGAACGGAAUCGUCAGUUGCUGCUGGCCCAGCAAGGUCAUCACGUGAUCGAACAUGAACGUCAGAAAAUCAUUGAUUUGAAGAAAAAAUGUCAUGAUGAAGCACGCGCCCAGUAUCUUUUAAAAAUGAACAAUGGCGAAAGAGACAAUAGCGGCAACAAUGCACUGAGCAAUUCCAAUCAAGCUGAAAUGCGAGAGCUCCAAUGUCUUGAAAGCGAUGAAACUAACCGAGGUUCCACCAAAGAAAGUCAAGCGGGCGCGAGUUCGUCACAAAAGAAAAAUUCUGCUUUCGGUAACGGAAAAACACUCUCUCCACACAUUGGCGCUCAUGAGGGAGCGAAUAAAAUACAACCGGAUCGAUCUAGUCAGCAACGCCACUCACAGCCUGAAUUUGUGGAAACGCAAAUACGUCAAUCGCCAUCCAGUCCACGGCCAUUAUCAGAGGCCAACUCGGAGUUGAGCUGCAAUCUGCUAGAGGGCGAACAGAAAGGAACCUGCAAGUCAAACUUCGAAUUGUCAACCACCACAGCGUCGAAUGCCGCCACAACCGGGAGCAAUAGCUACUCCACAGAGCGCAUAUCUAGCGACAGCGCCGAGGCGGCCAACAAGCGUUCAAGCGUCAAUUCCAACGAGACUACGUCAGGCGGAAGCGUCUGCGGCAGUGGCAGCGGUAGUGCGCAUAGCGAACGGAAACGUGCUCUGCCCAAACAUCAGCGCCCGUUGACACGCUACCUGCCAAUCUUCUCGCCGGAUCUUAACUUGCGCCAUCACAUAGAGUCGGCCGGCCAUCAGAUUACGCUAUGCCCGCACGUCUUUGUUGACGCCUUCAGUUGUCGGGGUUAUUUGCAUAAGUUGGGCGCUACUUUCCACGGUUGGGCUCGACGCUGGUUCGUGCUUGAUCGCCAGCGAAGCGCAUUCAUCUAUUACGCAGAUAAAUCGGAGCGGAAACCCAGAGGAGGUGCUUACUUUUCGACAAUAGACGAAGUGUAUUUGGACCAUUUAAACGCCUCGAAGAGUGGACGCCCACAUUGCACAUUUAUUGUUAAAACCAAGAAGCGCAGCUACCAUCUGCAAGCGGCCUCAGAUGCCGCAGCAAGAAUAUGGAUCGACGCAAUUAUUACCGGCGCUCAAGGGAAUCUAGACUACUAAGCACGUAUACUCCUAUACCAAUAAAUUAUAAGUUACUUAAAUUAAGGCGACAGGAGUAAUCACUAAGAGUAAGAAACUCUUGUGAACCAUAUGCGAAAUUGUCCAAGUUACUAAAGAAGAUUGAACUACUGCUCACACAUACCUUGUAUGAUAUAGGAAUUAACCAAUUAAUCGAUUAAUUGAAAAAUGUAUAUGACCGUAGGUUUUAAAUAGGUUUAAGCUAAUUGUAAGUGUUAAAUAAGUGAAACUAUAGCUCAAACUUAAAAACAACAACAACAAAUUGGAAACAAUCAAGAAACGGCAGCUAUUCCAGAGUUUUCGAUAUACUUGAGUAAAGUACUGAGAACAUCCUAUUAAA